AUGCGUCUACCACCGAAAUGGUACCAGUUCCUCGUCGGCGUGUUUGCCUCGCUUGGUUCGUACCUGUACGGCUACGACCUGGGAGUCAUCGCCGAAGUCGUGGCCAGCAGCACCUUCAAGGCCAAGUUUGCGGCCGAUGACACGCAGACUGGUCUGGUUGUCUCCAUGUUCACGACCGGAGCCUUCUUCGGUGCCGCCCUGGCAGGUCCCAGCGGCGACUAUCUCGGCCGUCGAUGGACCAUUGUUCUGGGAUCCGUGAUCUUUUGUCUCGGUGGCGGGCUGCAGACCGGUGCACAGAACAUCAGCUACCUCUGGUCUGGCCGCUUCCUGGCCGGACUGGGCGUCGGCUUCCUCGUCAUGAUCGUGCCUCUCUAUCAAGCCGAGCUGGCCCAUCCCAGCAUUCGGGGCCGCAUCACGGCCCUGCAGCAAUUCAUGCUGGGUGUGGGUGCGCUGGUGGCCUCGUGGAUCUCGUGGGCUACGUUUGUCCAUAUCAAAAACAACAGCGCCCAAUGGCGAGUUCCGCUCGGUCUGCAGAUCAUCCCUGCCAUCUUUUUGGGAUUUUUGAUAUUCUUGUUCCCAGAGUCUCCCAGAUGGCUCAUGGACCACGACCAGCCGGACAGAGCCCUAAAGGUCCUGGCCCAGCUGCACGCUCACGGCGACGAAAAGGAUCCCUGGGUGAUUGCCGAGUACGAACAGGUCCAGGCGUCCAUUGCCCACGAGCACCAGUACGAAGCAAAGUCCUAUCUCGAACUGUUCCGGUCGCGCUCAGCCUUCCGCCGGCUGUUCCUUUGCUGCGCACUGCAAGCCAGUAUCCAAAUGACCGGCGUCUCAGCGAUCCAGUACUUUUCGGUCGAAAUCUACGGCCAGAUCGGCAUCUCUGGAGACAACACGCUCAAGUACCAGGGCAUCAACAGCAUCAUCGCUCUGGUGGCCCAGUUCUUGUGCAUUCUCUGCAUCGACCACACGGGCCGUCGCUGGCCUCUGAUCUUCGGCAAUAUUGGCAACAUGGUGACCUUCAUCAUUGCCACCAUCCUGCUCGCCAAGUAUCCUCCGGGCGUUUCGACCAACACCGGUGCCCAGUGGGGAUUCAUCAUCAUGACCUGGCUGUACAACUUCUCCUUCAGCGCCACGUGCGGUCCGUUGUCGUGGAUCAUCCCGGCCGAGGUGUUUGAUACGAGGACUCGAAGCAAAGGCGUGAGCAUCGCCACCAUGACCAGCUUCGCUUUCAACACCAUGAUCGGACAAGUCACCCCGAUCGCCAUGACGAACAUCGGCUACCGGUUCUACUACGUCUUCAUCGUGUGCAACUGCACCAACGCGGUCUUCUUCUGGCUGCUGCUGCCGGAGACGGCGCGCCGCCCGCUCGAGGAGAUGAACUACCUCUUCGAGCACGCGCCGUGGAUCGUCGUCGGCACCAGCCGGGACAGCUACGUCAGCCACGACCUCGAGCACCGCCUGCACGAGAUCACCGCCGAGGCCGAGAUUAAGAGAGGGGCUGGCGGCUCCGUGAUGCAUGAGGAGAAGAUUGCGAAGUGA